AUGGCACUCACACGUGCCACACUUGUGCUAGCCAUGUCCCUUACUCUCCUAACAUUAUCCAUAGCCCAAGCCCCUUCCCCUGCACCCAUCAUGGCCCAUACUUCUUCUCCUAUAUCACUCCCACCAGAAAGUCCGAGCCCAAGUCCAAGUCAGAGUCCAAGCCCGAGCCCAAUUCCAAGCUCUACCAUAGCUUUCCCUCCUGCCCUUACACCUGAUUCACCAUCACCUACUCCAUCUCCGUCCACCGGAGAAUCGUUUUCUGAUAAUCCAGUAGCCUUACCAAGCAACGCUUUUAUUCAUAGGAACAGCUUUUUCAUGCUACCACUCUUUGCUGCUGCUGCUAUGCUUAUUUCUUAA